AUCUAAUCUUAUCGAACGAACCUUUUUGUUCUAUUAUUGCUCCACUCUUUCUACAGCUUUUACACACACAUACACGAACAUCCUGAGCAUUAAUCUAUCAUUAUUUCCUCCUUCUCUGGCUUCCAUUGCCUUUUAACUUUCUUCUUUGAAGAAAUGUCUUCAAUGGAACCCGAAUCAGACUAUACCAGAGAUGGCACUCUUGACUUUCGUGGCCGUCCUGCCCUUUCCUCUCAGACAGGCAAAUGGAGGGCUUGCGCUUUCCUCGUUGGCUACGAAGCAUUUGAAAGGAUGGCUUUCUAUGGAGUCGCUUCCAACCUGGUCAUCUACCUCACAACCCAGCUCCAUGAAGACACUGUUGCAUCUGUGAGGAACGUGAAUAACUGGUCAGGAUCUGUGUGGAUAACACCGAUUUUUGGUGCCUACAUAGCAGAUUUCUACUUGGGUCGCUUCUGGACUUUCACUUUGUCAUCUCUUAUUUACGUCUUGGGAAUGACUCUUCUGACCGUAGCUGUUUCCCUCAAGAGCUUGAGACCAAACUGCACCAGCAGCAUCUGCAACAAGGCUUCUCGCUCACAGAUUGCAUUCUUUUACUCAGCACUCUACACUAUAUCAAUUGGAGCUGGUGGAACCAAACCCAACAUUUCAACCUUCGGUGCUGACCAGUUUGAUGAUUUUAAUCCCAGUGAGAAAGAUCUUAAGGCCUCAUUCUUCAACUGGUGGAUGUUUACCUCGUUCCUAGGAGCUCUGAUUGCCACUAUAGGCCUCGUCUAUGUGCAGGAGAACUUGGGAUGGGGCCUAGGCUAUGGCAUUCCAACGGUUGGUCUGUUACUAUCCCUACUGAUUUUCUUCGCAGGGACCCAAACAUACCGACACAAAGCCAGGACGACAACCAAGAAUCCUCUCAGUGACAUAAUUCGAGUCCCUGUUGUUGCCUUCAGGAACAGAAAACUCAAGCUCCCUAGUGACCCCUCGCAGCUUCAUGAGCAUGAGAUUCAACAUUACAUUAGCACUGGAAAACGCCAAGUUUACCACACUCCAUUCUUUAGGUUCCUGGACAAGGCUGCAAUAAAAGAAGGCUGCCCAAGUUCCUCAAGUACACCCUUGACCGUAACCAAGGUGGAAGAAGCCAAGCUUAUCUGUGGCAUGAUACUGAUAUGGUUGGUGACACUAAUUCCCAGCACCAUUUGGGCACAAAUCAACACUCUUUUUGUGAAACAAGGGACCACCUUGAACAGAAACCUCAGUCCUGAGUUCAAAAUUCCAGCAGCCUCCCUUGGGAGCUUCGUGACCCUGUCAAUGCUCCUCUCCGUGCCAACGUACGAUCGGUUCUUCGUGCCUUUCAUGCGCCAGAGAACAGGAAAUCCCAGAGGGAUCACACUGCUUCAAAGGCUGGGAAUUGGGUUUUUGAUCCAAAUCAUAGCCGUUGCAAUUGCAUACGCUGUUGAAGUUAAGAGAAUGCACGUCAUUACAACACAUGGGUUGGUAAGGCCUAAAGAUAUUGUCCCUAUGAGCAUUUUCUGGCUGUUGCCUCAGUACGUACUGAUUGGAAUAGCAGAUGUGUUCAACGCCAUAGGAUUGCUAGAGUUCUUCUACGAUCAAUCCCCAGACGAGUUGAAGAGCCUCGGCACAACGUUCUUCACAAGUGGGAUUGGUGUUGGGAAUUUCUUGAACAGCUUUCUGGUAACCAUGGUGGCGAAGAUUACAGGAAGAGGUGGGAAGAAGAGCUGGAUAGGAGACAACUUGAAUGAUUGUCACUUGGAUUACUAUUAUGGGUUUCUGUUGGUGAUUUCAUGUGCCAACUUAUUGGCGUUUCUUUGGGCCUCAAGUAGAUACGUUUACAAGAGGGAAAUAGUGGAGGUGAAAGCUGAGGUUCAUGUGUGAUUCAAAUGAAGAGCAAGCCAACUUUGGAUUCAUCUCUAGAAUCACAAGUAUCAAAAAUUUAGGACUUCCAAUAUAUAAUACAUGCAUGGUCCAAGCUUUUAACGAAAACUAGAGGAAUGGUGUAUGGGGCUCAUUAAAGGUUUCAUAGAAUACGUGAAUCUGAUCGCGAGAAGGAUGUAUAUUGUGAUUUAUUGGACUUGCUCUGUUGCUCAUCAAUUGAAUCAGAAGUAACAUGCAUGAGGUUAGAGGGUUGGCGUAAGGUGAAGCCAUGAAGCUAUACAAGAAUGUCUCAUUCAUGUAACGAUGGAAUGAACGUACGGUGAGCUGAGUUUUGGCAGUUUUAAAUUUAUUGAGCUAGCUAAGGUAAAAAUUGUGUGUGUGAAAUCAUGUUUGAGGUCGUGCUAACUAGCAGUUAAAAAUGUGAAGCAUUACGAAUUUAUUUGAAUGAGUUGAAGUAUUUAUCAUUUUUCAUAA